CCGUUGCUUGUGGAAACAGCUGGUAGUUUCUGUCAGCUUUGCUUCAUAGCAGCAUUGGGAGGAAUAAAAGUUCACAUUUGACUGAAAACUGACGGAGUGUGGUUGGUUUUGAGUCACUGCUGCUGUUUCACCAGGCACCGGGACAUGUCAUCCUGUGAAAGCCACUUUAACGGGCACUUUUUAAUCACCGACGGAGCUUAUUAUUAGACGCUCUACGCACCGGUGCUAACGCUAGUGAACGUUAGCUAACUUUCUCUACUCCCAUAGCAACUAGCACAGGUGUUCCGUUGGACUAACUGUCGGUUUUCUGACAGUGUAGGGCGAGGUUUCUGCUUUACCUCAGCAUGACUCAUGUUCAUUAUAAAUUCUCCUCUAAACUCAGCUACGACACGGUGGUUUUUGACGGCCUGCAUGUCACGCUGAGGGACCUGAAGAGGCAGAUCAUGGGCAGGGAGAAGCUCAGAGCCGGGGACUGCGACCUGCAGAUCACCAACGCACAGAAUAAAGAAGAGUUCACAGAUGACGAUGGUUCGAUCCCCAAAGGCUCCUCCGUCAUCGUCAGGAGAAUCCCCAUCGUCGGAGGAAAGCCAAACUCAAGCAAGACCCGCAACCUUGAGCGAUCUGACAUCCAGACUAGCAACGCCUUUGGAGCCUUCAAAGCCAUGGAUGACCUAAAUUCUUCCAGAGCCUUACCCCUUUUCUCCAAGAUGGCUAAUCUGGCUGAUGUGGAAGGGUCAGAGGAGGAUAAGAUCAGAGUUAUGAUGAAUCAGACGGGCUAUGACCCCACGAAUUACAGCAAGAAGCCUGUUACUGUGCUUCCUGCGAACUACACCUGUUAUCGCUGUGGAGGAAGUGGACACCACAUCAGGAAUUGUCCAAGCACAGCGGAUAAGAGCCAGGAAGCCCCUGUGAAAAUAAAGAAAAGUUCAGGCAUCCCUCGCUCCUUCAUGAUGGAAGUGGACGAUCCCUCCGUAAAGGGAGCCAUGCUGACCAGCUGUGGACGUUACGCGGUUCCUACAAUAGACGCUGAGGCGUACGCCAUCGGGAAGAAGGAGAGGCCUCCGUUCGUCCCCCGGGAUCAUUCGGAGUCAGAGGACGAGGAGGAUCCUGUCCCCGAGGAGCUGCUCUGUCUCAUCUGUCAUGACCUGCUGAGCGACGCUGUGGUCAUACCCUGCUGCGGAAACAGCUACUGCGACGACUGUAUUCGGAGCGCCUUGCUGGACUCAGAGGAUCACGUCUGCCCCACUUGUAGCCAAUCAGAUGUCUCACCUGAUAACCUGAUAGCCAAUAAGUUUCUCCGACAGGCUGUGGACACUUUUAAGAAAGAGCGAGGCUUCACUAAAAGUCUGAAGAAAGGAUGCAGUGCCUCCCAAUCCCAAAAUCCAACCCCGACCCUGAGUCCUGCCCUCACCCCGCCCCCUCUCACAGUGCAGAUCCAGCCUCAGAAGCCUCUCCUCUUAAACCACAGACAGCAGGACCCUCUCCGCCAACACUCACAGGCUGCAGACACACCGCCAUCCUCUCAGGUGCCAACAAGCGCCGUCUCUGCCCCCAACACGCCAAGCACUUCCUGCCAGCCUGUGCAAAGCCACCUGGAGACACCUGAGAAGGAGGCUGAAGAAAAGACAGACGAUGACUCAGCAGCUGCUGUCGCCCCGUCUGCACCGGUUUCAUCUGAAGAGCUCACUGAUGCUCCGUCACAGCUGAUCCCACUGGUUAACCUUACUCCAGAGGCAGAGCCGCCGCAGACAGGCCGUGUGAAUCAACAGCAGCCCUCCUCAGAUCCACCACCAAGACCCUCUGGGCCACCAACGUGCUGGGAGAGCUCCUCUUCCUCCUCAGGUUGUCCCCCGGGAGGCUGGACUGAGCUGAACACCCAGCAGCGCCCUCCUUCCUCCUCUCCAUAUCCAGCGACUCCUCCCCCCCCUCUCUUCCCCCCCCCUCAUUUCCACACCUUCCUCACAGCUCCUCCACCUCUCAGCCCUUACCCUCCUGGAUACCCACCUGCCGUCUGGACGCUCCCAAACCUCCCGGGUGCCCCCAUCGCUCCCCUGUGCCCCUCCACCUCCAUCCCUGCGCUCAUCCCCAAGGAGUGGUACAUGCAGAGAAAGAAGGAGAGGUCACCUCACAGAGGAUCUUCCCACAGACACACCUCCUCUGGUUCUCAUUCAAAGUCUUCUAAGUCCAAGUCUGCUCGCUCCUACUCGCGCUCUUCAAGCAGGUCCAGAUCCCGGUCCAGGUCCCAAGGGAGAUCAAGGCCCCACUCACCCUACUCCCACCACAGGGACCCCCACCCCCGCUCUACUUCCUCCCGCUCCUAUAACUAUGGUUACAAACGUUCCCCAACUCCGUCCUCGUCCUCUUCACCUCAAGUGGGUUACCGUUCCAGGUCCAGGUCGCCUUCAGAUCACAGCAGAAACAGUCGCCACCAAAGUAGGACAUCUGUCUCUGGCAGCUACGACUCCAGGAGGCGAGGAGAGCAUCACCCGAGGGAAGCAGGAAGUCACAUGUACGAUCCGCACGUAAAUCAAAGUAGCGGCAUGGACCAAGAGCGCUUCCUGCAGUGGAAAAGGGAGUACAAAGAGUGGUGUGAUAAAUAUUUUAGCAGUUAUGUUGGACACUUCCACCAGAUGCCUAUUCCCCUCCUCAGUCUCCCCCAUCCUCCUCAGUGGGGGGACAGAGAAGGAAGCAAAAAUUACUCGCAUGCUAACUCGGAUUCUCGCAACCGAGUCCAAGGUAGACGCAGCGCCCGGGUGGACAAACGCUCUCCUCCGUCAUCCAGCGACAGCCGCUCCCCUCCAUCUCAGUCUUCACUUGACAGCCGUUCAACGCCGUCCCAGACAUCCAGCGACAACCGUUCGUCUCAGUCUCAUUCGUCUAACGACAGCCGCUCCCCGCACUCUCAGUCGUCCAGCGACGGGCGCUCCACACCAUCCGAAGACAGAGCUCAGUUGAAGACGUAUGAACGAAGGCGAACUGAGAAGAACAGCCGCCGGCCAAUCACACCUCCAAAAAGCAGCGAAGAACCGCAAGAAAAGAGCCAAGAUGAAAAGUGGCUACUCAAUAGGAAUUUGGUAAAACACGAGCAAAAGACUGUGAAGAAACUUAAGGAGGAAGGAGUAGAAAAGUCAUCCUCCCCUGACUCAACAGAUGACAGAAAGGGAAAAAGGGGCCACACAACUGGACCAAACCCCUUUAAAGAUGGCAGCCCAGGACCAGAGAGAGCAACAGCCAACGAUGCCUUAGAACCAGUCCAAAAGCUCGUGAAACCAGCUAGACGUUCGGAUAAAGACUAUGAAAGAAAAGGCAGGGAACAAAGGAGUUUGGAAAAAGGGAAAGAAAGAAGAAGAGGCGAACAUUCAGACUCCAGGAGAGAUGCACGGAGAAGUCACAAAGACAAGCCCAGCAAAGGGUCAGGCAGGGUGGAUAGAGACAGAUACAGAGACCCUGAAGGUAAAAGAGCUUCAGGAUUGGAGAAUAUAAAAAGAAAACGAGAAAACAUGGAGAGAAAUUCUGUAAAAGCUCAAAGCAGCAAAUGCCGGAAAGACCCUGAAACUCGCAGCAGUGAAUCCCCAAUUACAUUUGAGAUAAAUAAGACCGAGAAGAAAAAGGAGAGGAAAACCUGGCCUCUGGCAGAGAAAGACAUCUGGGAGGGAGGCAUUCAGAUGAAACCCCAGAAGAAGAUUAGCAUCAACAUAAACCUGGAAGGUAAAAAGUCUGAAUCUGAAAAUCUGCACUAUUUAGAGAGCGUCACAGGAAAAAUAAAGAGAGAUAUUCAGGCUGGUAAUGGAGAGGAGGAGAGGUUAAACAGAGGAGAGACAAAAAUUGAAGAAAAUAAGGAAACCAGCAGAGACAUGGAAGAGGUGUCUGAAGACAAAAGACAGAAAUGGGAGAAAGCUACCUUCAGAGAUGAAGGAGAGUUGUUCGAGAAGAAACGGGAGACAGAAAAGGAGGAUUUUGACUUGUGGAGUAGUUUCUGCAGAGAAGUGGAGGAGGAGAGUGAAAAACAUCCAGAUGAAAGAGACAUGAUGGAGGCCAGCAAAGGAGAAGAGGUGUCAAACGAGGAGAUGAAGUUAGUCGCAAGUACAAGUAAGGAGAUAGUUGAGGGGGAAAGCACAUUCAAGGAAAACAUAGAAAACCUGCCGGGGAAGUCAAAGGACGAGCUGAUGGAGCUACUGAAUUGGAGGAUGAUGCAAGAACAAGAACAGGAUACGAGGAUGUCCAAUUCACAGAGCAGCAAAUGCAAGAGCCACCAUGACGGACUGAACAACAUGGUGGACGAUGACAGCAGCUGCGAGGAUCAUCAAGCGAUGAAGACAGUGUUGAAAACUCUGGAGGAAUUAUCCCAGGACAUCGCUGGAAACCAAGAGGACGAGCUCGUACUCACACAGGACCCUCACUCCAAAUGGGAGAAGGAAGACUCUGAGGAAUAUCAGUUAGGAAAAGGAGCAAUUAAGGUUCAAAAUGAUGCUCCUGCAAUUUAUCUGCCUUCACCCUCAGUGUCUGUCACAACUGAGACAUCAGUGGAAAUUGAUAGAAGAACCGAGAAAGAUCAAACCCCCAUUUUGUGGAGUUCACAGAGAAGUGUGGCUCCCUCUAGUGGCAAAGACAGAACUGACAGAGACGAGGAGAAAAGGAUGGAGAGACGGAGGGACAGAGAGAGAGGGAGGGAGAGCGACAAAUCAAGGGAUAGGCAGAAAGACAGAAAAAUAUCAAAAGAGAGGAGAAGGGAGCGGGAGAAAGAAAGAGACAGGGAGAGAGGGAGGAGUCAUAAGAGUAAUCCCCCUUCCUCCUCUUAUUCAACGUCACAUGACAUGGAGCAGAGAGACAAACUCGUCAAGAAAGCUCCUGAACUGCCUGAUCAAAAUGUCCACAAGACGUUUAUAGACACAUUACUGGACUCAUCAUUAAAAGAGGAUCCCGACUUCUACAACAAUCACCCAGAAAAGGGAGGAAGAGAGCUGCAGGAAAUGGAGAGGCCCAGCAGCAACAGCACCAGCUCAUCCACAAGCCAGGAGAAUGGCAGGGACGAUGCGAGGAAAGAGAAGAAGAAACAAAAGAAGCACACAAAGGAGAAAAGAGAAGCCAGCCCAAAGCUGUGUGAAGAAGAAGAGCUGAAGAAACGGAAGACAAAGACUUCAAAGCAAAGCAGAGAUGGAGAGGAAGAGGAGAUUAGCGGAGACGUGAACGAAACUAUGCUUAUGUUGUCUUUACUGUCAUAAAAGAAAAAUAUAACUUACUUGAAUUAUGUUUUUCCUUUCUCUGUGCAAAAAGUGCCUGGUUUUGUUUUUUCAAAUGUAUUUUCCCAGGAUACAUUUAGUAGCGCCUUAAGAUAAUAUCAAAUGUGCAGCAUCCAAAAUGAAAGUGAACAAAUUGUGAAGGAAAAGCACUUUAUGAGAGAAAAUGUAUGUGAAUGAAAGCAAAUGUUUAACUUUUAAUUUAUUUAAAGGAAUUUGCACAUACGCUCAACUUGCUCAGGACUGCCACCAACUAUGGUUUAUAAACUAAACCUGCAAUGUUACAGCUUUAUUGGAGGAAAUCUUACUUUUGGAAUACAGGUCAGUCAGUAAUAUGAUUUGCCUCACACAGAAGCACAGGAGUGCAUGUGAAGGAUAUUUAAAAAAAAACGUAUUAAUGGAAUCAUAAUGUGAAUAUUUAUGAUUUGAACCUCUGUGAUGUAUUUUGUAAAUGUUUAAUUUAAAAUCAACUGCUGGAUGGAUGAAUAAUUAACCAGAGGAUAUUUGAGUUUUUCCUGUUUUGAAGGAAAUAAAAAAAAGUAACAUCCAUAAA